AAGAAAGAGCCGCCCUCGCCGCUCUUCCUUGCCACAACGACCCGGGAGGGGGCAGGCGGCGGGUUGUGGCUCUGCCCAAGCGGACUUAGCGCUCCGGAGGGGGGAAGAUUUGCUGCCAUGCCCACCAACUUUACAGUAGUGCCGGUGGAGGCGCCCGCUGGCGGCGGCGGCGGCCACGAGGCCCCCGGUGCCCAGCAGCCGGAGCGUUUAGACCAGCCGGCCAAUGAGAACAGCAAAAGCCAAGGCUGCGCUGGUGCCCACGACCGGCAAACGCAACGAAGUGAGAGUGGCAGCGUGGAGCGCGGGAGCCAAGGUGAUGGAGUCCCACGGGAAAGUAGCCCAUUCAUCAAUAAUUCAAGUUUGGAGAGAGGAAGACUGUAUGAAGGAAAAAAUAUGGCACUCUUUGAGGAAGAAAUGGAUAGCAACCCCAUGGUAUCAUCUCUUCUUAACAAAUUAGCCAAUUAUACCAAUGUUACUCAGGGAGUGGUAGAACAUGAAGAAGAUGAAGAUGCCAAGCGGAAGGAAAUUAAGGCUCCACGUAUGGGUACUUUCAUUGGUGUAUAUUUACCCUGUUUACAAAAUAUUUUGGGAGUUAUUCUAUUUCUGCGACUGACAUGGAUUGUGGGAACAGCAGGCGUUCUUGAAUCAUUCAUUAUCGUAUUCAUAUGCUGUGCUGGUACUAUGCUGACUGCGAUAUCAAUGAGUGCAAUAGCAACAAAUGGUGUAGUUCCAGCUGGUGGUUCGUAUUAUAUGAUCUCACGGUCAUUAGGGCCAGAGUUUGGUGGAGCUGUGGGACUCUGUUUUUACUUGGGCACAACUUUUGCAGGAGCUAUGUAUAUUCUUGGCACAAUUGAAAUUCUACUGAAAUAUAUUUCUCCUAAUGCUGCUAUUUUUCAUGGAAGCGAGGAGGCCACGUUAAACAACAUGAGAGUUUAUGGGACGUGCAUUCUUGCUCUGAUGGCGAUAGUUGUUUUUGUGGGAGUCAAAUAUGUCAAUAAGCUUGCAUUAGUCUUCUUGGCUUGUGUUAUCCUUUCAAUUAUGGCUAUUUAUGCAGGGGUUAUUAAAACUGCAUUUCAGCCUCCGGACUUUCCCAUAUGUCUUCUCGGAAACCGUACCUUAGCAAAAGAUAAGGAUUUUCCAUGUGCUAAAUAUAUUGAAACAAACAACAUGACAGUAACUACCCAAUUGUGGAGAUGGUUUUGUGGCAAUAAUCCCAACUUAAAUGCUACUUGUGAUGAAUAUUUUCAGUUAAAUAAUGUCACUGAAAUCCAAGGUAUUCCUGGAAUUAAAAGUCGAGUCUUACUUGAUAAUUUGUGGAGCAGCUAUUCAGACAAAGGAACAAUUGUGGAAAAACAGGAUCUUGAUUCAGUUCCUGUUUUAGAAGAAGAAAAAGAUGAAGAAGUCUAUUACAUUUAUACAGAUAUCAUGACUUAUUUCACCAUGCUAGUGGGAAUUUAUUUUCCUUCCGUAACAGGUAUUAUGGCAGGUUCAAAUCGGUCUGGAGAUCUUCGGGAUGCUCAAAAAUCUAUUCCAACCGGAACAAUUUUAGCCAUCUCAACAACAUCAUUUAUCUAUCUUUCCUGCAUAAUUCUUUUUGGAGCCUGCAUAGAAGGGGUGGUUUUGAGAGACAAAUUUGGACAAGCAGUUAAUGGAAACCUAGUGAUUGGUACGUUGGCAUGGCCCUCUCCAUGGGUUAUUGUAAUUGGUUCAUUCUUUUCCACAUGUGGUGCUGGUCUUCAGAGUCUCACUGGUGCCCCCCGGCUACUGCAGGCAAUUGCAAGAGAUGGCAUUGUUCCAUUUCUUCAGGUGUUUGGUCAUGGAAAAGCCAAUGGAGAACCUACAUGGGCUUUGCUCCUUACUGCAUUUAUCUGUGAGAUUGGAAUUCUUAUUGCUUCUCUGGAUAGUGUGGCUCCAAUACUCUCCAUGUUUUUCCUUAUGUGCUAUCUGUUUGUGAACUUGGCCUGUGCACUUCAAACUCUUCUCCGAACACCAAACUGGAGACCUCGUUUCAAAUAUUAUCACUGGACUCUUUCAUUCUUAGGAAUGAGUUUGUGUCUUGCUUUGAUGUUCAUUUGCUCUUGGUACUAUGCCUUGAUUGCCAUGCUCAUUGCAGGAUGUAUUUAUAAAUACAUAGAAUAUAGAGGAGCUGAAAAAGAAUGGGGAGAUGGAAUCCGAGGUUUGUCUUUAAAUGCUGCUCGUUAUGCACUACUUCGAGUCGACCAUGGUCACCUUCAUACCAAAAAUUGGAGGCCUCAAGUCUUGGUACUACUGAAUUUGGAUUCAGAACAGUUAGUAAAACAUCCUCGGCUGCUUUCUUUUACCUGUCAGUUGAAAGCUGGAAAAGGAUUGACUAUUGUGGGAUCUGUACUUCCAGGAACAUACCUUGAUAAAUAUGCAGAAGCUGAAAGAGCUGAAGAGAAUAUUCGCUCUUUAAUGGGAACAGAGAAAACCAAAGGAUUUUGCCAAAUCAUAGUAUCCCCCAGUGUUAGAGAUGGAAUCUCUCAUUUGAUUCAGUCUGCUGGUCUCGGGGGGAUGAAACAUAACACUGUUUUGAUGGCAUGGCCUCAAUCCUGGAAGCAGACGGAUAAUAGAUUCUCUUGGAAAAACUUUGUUGAUACUGUACGAGAAACAACAGCUGCACAACAAGCUCUGCUAGUUGCUAAAAACAUAGACUUGUUUCCAGUGAAUCAGGAACGUUUUAGUGAGGGCAACAUAGAUGUAUGGUGGAUUGUUCAUGACGGUGGCAUGCUGAUGUUGCUUCCUUUCCUCCUGAAACAGCAUAAGGUCUGGAGAAAAUGUAGAAUGCGCAUCUUCACUGUAGCUCAGAUGGAUGAUAAUAGUAUUCAGAUGAAAAGUGAUCUUCAGAUGUUUCUAUACCAUCUUCGAAUUAAAGCUGAAGUAGAAGUUGUUGAAAUGUUUGAAAAUGAUAUUUCAGCUUUUACAUACGAGAAGACUCUUGUGAUGGAGCAGAGAUCCCAGAUGCUAAAACAAAUGCAGCUCUCGAAGAAUGAAAGGGAGAGGGAGAUUCAGAGCAUCACUGACGAAUCUCGUAGCUCAAUCAGAAGAAAGUCCCGCUCUAACCCACAGUGUAUUGGACAAGGGGUAGACAGUCUUCUCCCAAAUGAUAUUCAGGAGGAAGAGGCUCAGUUAAUCCAUGACAGAAACACUGCAUCCCAUGGAACGGGAAUGGUUAAAUUGCAGGCAACUGUUACCGCUCCAGAAAAAGUACAGAUGACCUGGACGAAAGAGAAACUUGUAUCUGAAAAGCAUAAAAAUAAAGAAGCAUGUGUGUCAGGCUACAAAGAUUUCUUCAGUAUGAAACCGAAUGAAUCAAAUGUGCGAAGGAUGCAUACUGCUGUGAAGCUGAAUGGAGUUGUGCUAAACAAGUCACAAAAUGCCCAGCUGGUAUUACUGAACAUGCCUGGACCUCCCAAGAACAGACACGGGGAUGAAAACUACAUGGAGUUUUUGGAAGUUUUGACCGAAGGCUUAAACAGAGUCCUUUUGGUUCGAGGAGGAGGACGGGAAGUGAUCACCAUUUACUCCUAAUAGUUUUACAAUAGCAAAUGUUGGAGUAAAACAUUUUGAGCUAGCCUCACGUUUCUAGUGUGUAGAAUACAACACUUACAGUUGAAUGCUAUUCUCCUCUUUAUUACAUAGAUGUUUAAAGUUUCGUCUUUACUGAAGAAAUGGCGAUGUAUAUAUUUUUAUAUUGUUAAUGUAGAAAACCAGAAGACUUAUUUUUGUCCUUCACAUGAAGAUGGAGCAUUGAGUAUGGUCAUAGAACCUAUCUACAGAAAAGGGGUAGGGGUUUUUUUUUUGAUAGAGGAACACGUUUUAGUAUUUUUUUAAAAUAAUGAUGGGUUAAAUGAUGGGUUAGGAGAAAUAAACAAAAUAGUGGGGUGGGGUGGGGAUUCCAGGAAUUGUUUUAUAAAUGUCUACAAUUGUCAUUUUACUACUGACCUUGCCUAGUUACAAUCAAUUUCCCCCAUAUCUUUUCUCUUUAGGUCUGUGCUCUUAUUUGCGUAUCAAUUUGUGAAAUGCCUAGCACUGUAUUUUUAUGAGAAAAAAAAAUAGUUUAAUAAAAAUAAUUUAAUUUAGUCACCACAAUUAUUUAACUAUUUGAAAGUGGCACCUCUGAGUUUUAUUUAUUUACCCUCAAGUUGUUUCAUUAACAAGCUGAUUUGAAAAGAUCGCUUGCCAGUAACAGGUGGAGCAGAUCAAGAUUGCAAAAUCUAUAAUACAUAUUCACGUGUUGAAUAAUCUCAUGUUUUCAGGAGAGAACAGUAAAAAAAAUCUAGUAAAAUAAAAUCAAGUGUGAAGUUCUAGCAAUCAGAUUUAGUUGCAGUAAUUGCAUCUAUCUAUCUAUCUAUCUAUCUAUCCAUCCAUCCAUCCAUCCAUCAUCUAUCUAUCCAUCCAUCUAUCCAACCAUCCAUCCAUCCAUUCUUGGGAUGACUCUAUUGAGCAAACUGGCAGAAAAGAAUAAAAGGAGGUUAUUCUGGCCAAUACACAAAUAUGCACAGCACAUUGUUCUAGGUCAUGGAGUGGAAAGCAUUCUGAAACCUACACAGAUGAUCCACUUAAACAGCCAAAAGAUUUGCUUCAGCCUGGGGGAAAAAACCACGGUCUUUUGGAGUCUACACAUUCUCUCUUGUACCCUUGUUGGGCAAAUUACUUAGCCAGGCAUUAGGUGACCCAGUCUCAAGACUCAGACGACAUUCCUAAAAUGGGCAAGAUUAAAACAUGUGGAUUGGUACAUUUUUCCAAUCUGUGAGUAUUGAAUGGAUCUAAAGCAUGGCUUUUGGCAGUUGGAACCAUCUCCCAUAAGUAGGUUCCAUACUUUCUGAGACAUAUCCUAGAAUAGUUAUUUUUUUUCUGAAUUCCUCAAGAUAUUUUUCCAUCCUACUAAAUUUCCCCAUUAUCUUUGUUACUGUCUUUCCAAGGAUGAAGACUCGAAACGAUUCCUAACCUUCACUUAGUAUUAAUGUAUCUACUAUUAUAGUGAACUUUGGUUUGUGGAAUAUUUCUGUGUCAACACUCCACUACAAUAUGAUUACCAUUUUUUAAAAUAUGAAAUGGGGACAUAGCUUUUAUAUAUCCACUGCACAUUAGUGAAUUAUUAAAUGGAAAUAUCUGUAAGUUACAUUAGCAUUUCCACAAAUGUAAUGGCUCAUGUGUUUUUAUUGCAGAACUAAGUAAUGAGAAACGUAACAAUAGCUUCAUUCCCUAUAAUUUGUUCACUGUUUCCCUAGUUUAUUUUUGUAGCUUAAAAUUGAUAGUUGCUGGCCAGUCAUUAGGGAUAGUCUAAUUACUUAUUGAUUGCCCAUAAUGAAUUUCACGGUUAUAGUUACACAGUGUUCCAUAUAACUCCACAAACAUUUAGAAAAUUGUUCUUUCAAAUGACCUUAAUAGGCUGCUUUGAAAUCUAGCACAUCAUUUUAGAAUCACGGAGUUUGGCAAAUCACUUUGGAAAGACAAAGGAAUUUCAAAGUUAUCUGGAAUAAUUGCUUGCCUGAAGUAAUAAAAUGUUCAGAAGCAUAUGCUAAUAGUAGAGCAUAUGCUUUGUGAGAAGAGAAUCCCAGAUUUAAUUGCCAUAAUCCCCCAGGUAGAAGAAAGAAAAACAGAACUUUUCCCCAACCAAUAUUCCCAUUUAAAAGGAAAUACAUUCCAGUUCAGUUUUCCAAUUGAUGGUAUUUGAUUUUGAUUGGAGUCAUUAAAAUAUACACUCAUUUUUUCCCCUUUGGGUGUUUGUUAUCUAGAUCUUCACAAUCAUUAGUAAUCUGGUAGGGCUUUUCUCUAUUUAAAAAAGAAUAUGUUUAUUUGAAAGAAGUCAAAGGGAACCCUGAGUCGCUGCAUAAUACUCAUUUGAUCCAACUUGUUUCUCGUUUUAGUAUGUCAUAGCUUUGUUAUCCUUCUUCUGCUGGCAAUGGUUGGACCUUAUCUGUUUUUCUGUCACUUGUUACAUGGAGUCUUGUCUGUACAAAUGACUUCUAUCACUACCUGAAAGUUCUUCUAGAUAAGAUGUAAUAUCAGUGAAAGUAUCAUGCUGAAAGGGGAAAUUAAUCAUACUUUUGCAGAGAUGCUUUGCUUGGUUAACAAGCUGAUAAACUUUUGAGGAGCUUUUAGGAAUAAUUCCUAAGGAUAUAACAGUUGGCCUGCAAAGCUAAUGACAUUCUUAGGAACUUCUCAAUAGUAUGCUGUGUUCCCAAAAAUGGGCAGGGGUGUGUGUGUGUACUCAAAGCUAUGUUAGCUAUUCUUCCUCUGGCAAUUAGCUGACAAUCUAUUGUUAGUGGCUUAUCAUAAAUAUGGUAGAUAUGGGUGACUGAUGAGGGAAUCAAAUGUACAUAGAUCA